AGACACUACUUAGGAGUACAUUCUUCGAAGCACUAAAUAACAAUAAUAGAAAUUCCAAAUUUUUUCGAAUAAGCCGCAACAUGGACACAGACGCAGACAGUAAUCAGCGUGAGAACGGACCAUCGCUGGAUAGCUCCUUCUUCGAGACACUGUGGCCGCUGAUACUGGACGAUAAUAAGUGUCGUGUGGAAAGCGAAUCUGUUGAUUUCUUUGUGCCACGUAAGCCAUUUGAUCAGCUGCGUUGGCAUACCCUGCUGGCUAAUGUGGGCUUCCCGGACUACGAGAAGCCGCAUGAUCUGCGCUGCUGUGAGGCCGCCAAGCAGCAGGAGGAGUCCGAGCAGAUGGCCGAAAAGGCGGUUGAUGAAGCCGUUGAGCGUCAGAGUGCUGUUGCUGCCGACUAUGAACCAACUGGUUCGCGGGCCAUCAGGCGUGUGGACAAGGAAGUCGAGUUUCUACAAAAGCAGCAGCACCGUCGACAGCACUUGGCCUAUUGCUUUGCCAAUCGCAAGUAUCCGAGGGCCAUGCAAACGCCCAUCCAUGAAGUCACCUUUGUUCUCACACGUGAGCUGCGCGCUGGCUUCCAGUGCCCCAUGGAGCACGAGAUCCUGGAAGGCAUUUAUCAAUAUAACUGCAAGCUGAUUCUUAUUGAUGCGAGCACGGACGUCUGUGUAGAUGACUUUCAGCGCUGGAUCAAGUUCCGGCCUUAUGCCCAAAUGCUUUGUCUUGUUCGCUGUCCGCGUGUCGAGCGGCACUUGCAGUUGCUCAAGGUCUUUCACACGCUGCUGGUAGAGGAGGAUGCCCAGAACUCUUGGCACGAGGAGCUGGAGUGCUCUAUCCGUGCGGGUCUCAAGGAGGCCAAGAGGCUGGAGCUUUUCCCCAACUGUGCCGAUGCAUUUGUUUUUGUCUUCUCACGCUAUCGUAGUCUUUGCACUUGUGAUACCUACAAAAUUUUGCGGCGCAUUUAACUUUUGGAUAUGCAAUGCAAAAAUUUACAAUUUUAUCAGUUUUCAGAUUCAUGUUAUAAGUGUUGCACAGUGUGUUCUUUCCCAGAAAAACGUUUUAAAAUCUGUACGAGUAUACGAAAAGGUUAAGUUAAUCGAUUGCCAAAAUUCUGUUGAAGAAAAAACAUCAUAACGAAAAAAUUUGAUAUCCUUGUCAGUAUGAGUUGGCGAAGCGGGUUAAUUUAACAAAUCCUGUCUGCAUAACCAUCCACGUAUUUCAUUUUGAAGAAAAUUUUAAAGUGAAAUGGAUAAAUUAACUGCUCGGAAAUGAUGAAUGCAUCUCAUAAUUCAUAUGUUGAUAACUUUAAAUUGUCAUUUAUACUUUGCACUUACUACGAAUAUGUAUCAACUAUUUUAAAUGAA